AUGGACGCUGGUGAAAAGCGAUACCAUAGACUUCGCCUUGAAUCAUCUUCUAAUGGUCUUCGAAUCCCUCAAGCUUCUGUUAGGUUCGAUGAUCAACCAGCUAUUGUUCAUGGUUAUCAAAUUAAGUCUUCCAUGAAUCAAAUGGAGUUAUUAACCCUAAAAUCGCCAUCAUUUGGUUCUUCAGCAAACUAUAAAGCUCCGUAUUCUUCAACGAAAGCACAAAGCCACAUCAAGUGCAUGCUAAAACUAGCAACGCUACUGCACCACAAGGGACUCCUCAUAACCUUCGUCAAUACUGAGCUUAACCACAAGCAGUUACUCAACUCCGGAGGCCUAAAAUCUUUCGAUGAUGAGACAGGGUUCGAAUUCAAGACCAUUCCUGAUUGUGUUAGCGUUCCCGAGGGUUCACCAAGAUAUCAAUAUGAAGUCAGUAAGUCUGUUCUAACUAAAUUAUUGGCUCCCUUUCUUGAUCUUGUGGACACACUCGAGAGUCAGGUUACUUGUUUGAUUGCUGAUGGGAUGAUGCCUUUCACCGUUGAUGCUGCUGAGAAGCUUAAAGUCCCAAUCGUGCAUUUUUGGACCUUUUCUGCUUGUGCUUUCAUGGGAUAUUACCAAGCUCCAAAUCUAAUUGAGAAAGAACUUAUACCACUUAAAGAUGAAAGUUACCUCACCAAUGGAUAUCUUGACACUGCAAUAGAUUGGAUUCCGGGAUUGGAAGGAUUUCGUUUAAAGGAUCUUCCAGGUUAUAUUCGAAUCGCAAACCCUAAUGAUGAAGACUAUAAUUUUGUCAUUGCAUGCAUCAACGCAACUAGGAAGGUCCCGAAUAUAAUCAUACAUACAUUUGAAGCGUUAGAGUCCACAGUCAUCAAAGCCCUCCAAUCCAUGAUUCCUCACGUCUACACCAUUGGACCAUUGGAGUUGCUUCUAAAUCCGAUAAAUCUUGAGGAAGAAACAACCAAGUUAGAUAUCAAGGGCUACAGUCUAUGGAAAGAAGAAGACGACUGCCUUAAAUGGCUGCAAUCGAAGGAGCCACAUUCUGUGGUAUAUGUCAAUUUUGGAAGCCUAAUAUCAGUGUCGUUAGAACAGCUCAUAGAGUUCGGUUGGGGACUUGUUAAUAGCAAUCAAGAUUUUCUUUGGAUCAUUAGGCCUAAUUUGGUUGUUGGAGAGUCUUCUACCUUGCCUUCAGCACUCAAAGAUAUGAUUAAGAAGAAAGGUUUUAUAGCAAGUUGGUGCUCCCAAGAAAAAGUGUUAAACCACCCUUCAGUUGGUGUGUUUUUGACUCACUGUGGCUGGGGUUCCACCAUUGAAAGCUUAUCUGCUGGGGUCCCCAUGUUGUGUUGGCCGUAUUUAUGGGAUCAACCAACUAAUUGUAGGAAAAUAUGCACAGAAUGGGAAGUUGGCAUGGAGAUCGGGAGUAACGUAAACAGGGAUGAAGUUGAGAUGCUCACUAGGAAGAUGAUAAAAGGACCUAAGGGUAAACAAAUGAGAAACAAGGCUAUGGAGUGGAAGAAAAAGAUAGAAAUUGCAACCGGUCAUAAUGGCUCGUCUUCUUUAAAUGUUGAGACACUUGCCAAUGACAUUGAUAUGUUUUCAAGAAACUAA